AUGAAGAUCAAAGCACUUACUCGCUCGGCGAGUUCGAUACAGACACCUGGUGCCAGCGAUGGCUCGGCGCGACAGCCCCGAAAUCUCGACCCUGCCCUCCAUCCAUUCGAACGAGCGAGAGAAUACACACGAGCUCUAAAUGCCACAAAGCUAGAGCGCAUGUUCGCUGCGCCUUUUGUCGCACAGCUCGGAAGAGGCCAUGUUGAUGGAGUGUAUACUCUAGGAAGAGAUCCACAGUCGUUGGACAGAUUUGCAAGUGGCAGCGGCGAUGGUGUAUUGAAGGUGUGGGAUCUUCCUAGCAGAGAUGAAGUAUGGCAGACGCAGGCGCAUGAGAACUUGGUGAAGGGAAUGUGCUGGACUCAGGAUCGCAAGUUGCUCAGCUGCGGAACAGACCGAACGGUCAAGAUGUAUGAUCCUUACAACACGCCUUCGAAGAGUCCACCCACUGCAACAUGGCUCGGAACGAACUCCUUCACAGCGCUGUCGCUGCAUCGCUCAGAACCGGCUUUUGCUGCGGCGUCGUCUUCAAGCAUCCAACUCUACGACAUGUCCAGACCUUCGACCACACCUACGCAGACACUCGCAUGGCCCACCAGUAUCGACACCAUCACAGCGCUUGCGUUCAACCAGUCUGAGACUUCUUUGCUGGCUUCUUGUGCAAGCGAUCGGUCUCUCGUUCUUUACGAUCUCAGGACAAGCUCUCCACUGCACCGCAGCAUCCUUACUAUGUCGAGCAACAGCAUUGCCUGGAAUCCGAUGGAACCCUUCAACUUCGCCGUGGCGAAUGAAGACCACAACAUCUAUAUGUUCGACAGCCGAAACCUAAGCCGAGCUCUGAACGUCCUCAAAGACCAUGUGUCUGCGGUCAUGGACGUUGAUUUCAGCCCGACCGGUCAGGAGCUGGUGUCUGCAUCCUACGAUCGUACGCUCCGGCUCUGGACACCGCAAAAGUCUGGGCACAGCCGAGACGUCUACCACACCAAGCGCAUGCAACGCAUCUUCUCGUGCACGUUCAGUGGCGAUUCUAGCUACGUCUUGUCGGGGUCGGACGACGGCAAUGUCAGGUUGUGGCGAUCGAAUGCCAGUGAGCGUAGCGGCGUCAGGUCGGCACGAGAGCGACAAAAGCUCGAAUACGAUGAGGCGCUAAAGGAGAGGUGGAAGCACAUGCCGGAAAUCCGCCGCAUCGGCAGGCACAGGCACGUGCCAAAGGUUGUUAAGAAAGCGGGCGAGAUCAAGCAGGAUGAGCUGAAGAGCAUCAAGAGGAGAGAAGAGAACGAGAGGAAGCAUUCAAGGAAAGGUCAGAAAAAGAGGAGGAGUGAGCGAGAGAAGAUGGUCCUCACUACAGAGCAAUAA